AUGCGCACCUUAACCAUGCUGCUUGCAUUCCUUGAGAUAUUACUCUCGACAACCGCUUACGCUGGCCAGCUCCAGGUUCAAACAACUAGCGGAACUGUCCAUGGCUUCUAUAACAACACAGAACGAACUGUACGCGCCUUUCUAGGCGUCCCAUACGCCGAAGCCCCAACUGGUGGCUUACGUUUCGCCCCGCCGGUCCUGAGGAAAAUGUCCAGUGCACCCAUGUCAGCGACCACAUUUGGCCCUCUAUGUCCAAGCGAAAACCGCUUUGAUCCCGGAUCAAUUGCUGAUAUCCUACCAUACCUCCCGUGGGGUGAUACUAUGGCCGAGGAUUGUUUGAAGCUCAACAUAUGGACACCCUCAGCACGCCGCAACGGAGAUCAACAGGCAGCAGUCAUGAUGUUUAUUCAUGGUGGGGCAUUCACUGGAGGUGGAAGCAGCAUUGCCUAUUUUGACGGCACAAAUAUUGUCCAGGACAACAACGACAUUAUUGUGGUCACCCUAAACUACCGCCUGGGAGUUUUUGGGUUUCCAAACGCUCCAGGUCUUCGAGACGGUGAACAAAAUGUGGGGAUCAUGGACCAGAGACUGGCAGUGGAGUGGGUUCAUAAGAAUAUUGCCAAGUUUGGAGGAGAUCCGGCUAGGAUAAUGCUGUUCGGCCAAUCCGCCGGUUCAAUAUCUACGGAUAUGUAUACGUAUGCUUAUUACAACGAUCCUAUCAUUCACGCGGCGGCUAUGCAAUCUGGGACGGCCAGUCUUCUGACGAGCAGCGACUCCAGCCACCGCAACUGGAACAAUCUUUCCAAGAAGCUCGGUUGCGCUACGGCAGACCCCUCUGAGAAUUUACAAUGCAUGCGAGACUUACCAUUUCAAGACAUCUUGAGCGAAACUGUUGACGGUUUAUAUUUCUUUAUUCCAGUACAAGAUAACAAAAUCAUCUUUGCAGACUAUGAGAGUAGGACGAAACAGGGCAAAGUCGCGAAAAUUGCAACCCUCAUGGGCAGCAACGAGCGUGAAUCAUCUGUGAACUACCCCCUUAACAGCACCAUUGAUCAAGUUGAUCAUGGGGUCGUAUCUCUUCUCACACAGAUUCCUUUCCAGUGCCCCACGGCACGGUCGUCAAUAUGGCGGGUCCAGAGCGGCGUACCUGUUUGGAGGUACAUAUACCAUGGCAACUGGACGAAUAUCAGUCCAGCACCAUUCCUCGGCGCCUAUCAUUCGAGCGAGCUACCAAUGAUCUUCGGGACUUACUACAAAGCUGGAAGUCCUCCAACACCUGAGCAAAUCAAAGCGAGCGAGUACAUCCAGGGCGCAUGGGUAUCCUUCGCACGAGAUCCGGAGUCUCUGUCUACCAAAUACAACUGGCCAAAGCACAAACAACCAGACCGACAAAUCGUGGAUCUUGCACUGGAAAACGCCCUGACCGCUGGUUUCUCCCCAGCGGCACGUUGGGAUACUCUUUGUGGCCUUGUUUUAUAG